GAGGCGAACGCAGUAAGGAAGGCGGGGAUCCGGAAGAGAGAGAAAAAAAAGUAAUCAGCUGUAAAUCUUCCCUUCCGCUUGGAAGGGACGGGGAGUGACAGCUGGCAACCAUGUUUCAGUUUUUGCUCGGUUUUGCAGUUGGCAAUGUAGUUGGAAUGUAUUUGGCCCAGAAUUAUGAUGUUCCGAACAUUGCAAAGAAGAUUGAAGACAUCAAGAAAGACGUAGAAGCUAAGAAGAAGCCUCCAAAUGAUAAAUGAUGCUGAUUUAGGCAUCCUACUAUUCAACAUGGAUGGUAUAUUUUAACCAUCCAGGUGUCAAAACUUUAUUGGCUUUAAUGAAUGCUUCCAGGCCUAACCUCAGAAGGCCUUAAAAAGCAUUCAGGCUUAGUGUUACUAUAUCCAUUUGGCCUCCUUGCACUUGACUUUUUUCAAAAGAAAAAAAAAAUUCCAUAUCUAUCUACUAUCUAUCUAUCUAUCUAUCUAUCCAUCCAUCCAUCCAUCCAUCCAUCCAUCCAUCCAUCCAUACACACAUACACACACACACACACACACACACACACACACACACACAAACUGGACUUUUGUUCUCAGUGUAUUGUUUCAGUAAUACUUUAUAUUUAGUAAUAACAAGAGUCAGGAACAGAAUGAAGAUAUGCCAUUAACUAUUCUGAUCUAAAAAAAGAUCUAACUCUACAAAUAUUGGUAUCUAUUUGUAAGAUACAAAAUGUCUGACAAAAAUUCCCAUCUUGUUGCUGAAAUAUGACCUUUCUAUUUUAUUGUUGGGCAUUCCUGCAACAUGUAUAGUCUGCAUAUAGUCAGUAAAUUGAAUGUCAAAAUGUUGAGCAGUUCAUAGAGAUAUGAUAGCCAAUAUGCUUCAUCCAUUGUUUGUAAAAGUUGUAAAAAAUUUUUUAAAAAUUUGAACAACUUAAAUGAAUUGUUGCAAUGUAUCAACAAAAAUGUACUCAUCUUCUGAUUCUUAGUCGGUAUUUUUGUUUAUAAUGUUUUUAAGGGUUUACCAUUCUGGUAUAACUAGGAAUUGAUGGAGUCCUGCACUUGCAUUCUGAUGAUGAAAACAUGAAUCAAACUUUGCAAAUUUACUGGCUUGAAUUUUUACUGUCUUGUAUCUGUUGUAGCCCUUUCUUGAAACAAAGAAAGAUGCAUGUAUUUAAAGAUGGUAACUAUCAUUAUAAAUGUUUAAGAAGAGGCUGGACAAUCAUUGCAGAUAUUACAUGGCCUAUGUAGAGGUGAGCAUACCUAUUGUAGGCCCCCUCUAAAUGUUUUUGUAUCCUACUCUGACCUAUCACUCUAUUAAAUGUUGUUGACAGAAAUGCUGAAAAUUGGCAGUAUGAAACAGGGUUAGUGUGAUUUUAAAACAAUCUAUCCCAAAUUCAGGUCUCUUACUCUACUGAAACCCUUCCUUACCACAAAUAUCAAAAUUCAAGUUUUAGCUUCCCAAGGAACCUAGAAUUCUAGUUUUGUGUCCUAUGCUAAAUGGAUUACUAUAUAUUUACAUGAAAAUUACUUGAAUUUGUUGUUUUCUUCAUUUGUUAAACAAUGCUCCAAUACUAUGUUGAAUAUGGCUUUAUGGAUUACCAUGUGCAUUCAGAAAUGUGUGUAUUAUGACAAUAAAUAAAUACUAAACCAUUGUGAGAAAUGUCAGCUUUUAAAAGAUGUCCAAUUGACAGUGAUGUCAUUGAGAACCUUUUCCCCUUGAUUUGACUUUUAGUUCUCUAUGUGGAAUUAUAUUCAUCAUAUCAAACUUGAUGGGACUUUUAGGAUCGCAAGAACAAAGAUUCUCUUUGUAUUAUCAUUAGUGAGACUUUGACCAUCACAUAUAAAUGCAGUGUUAGGGCAUCCUUUCAAUUGCCUUUUCUACAAAAUACAAAGUAUUUGGGUAAAAUUGCUUGAUUUCCCGACCAAUCUAAUUUUAUCAGAACUUUUUUCUUUGUCUUUUUCAGAAUCUUGUUUAUAUGGGUAGAGGGAAAAGUGGACUGUUGUCCCAAUUAAUGCAAAUUUUCAGAAAGGAAGACUUUGAAAGAUCAGUGCUAAUUUUACAAUAAACAGCAUGAAAUUGUUUCUCUAGAUUGCGUAUUUGUUACCAUUAAAUCAAUGGAACUAUUGCCUUAUGUCAUGGUCUGCAGAGCUCAGCUUUAUAAUUCUGGCCAUCUUCUGAAAUUUACAAAAGGAAUUUUGAAGAAUUGCAAAAUUCUUUCUCAUGUUUGCAAAAUACGAAGGUUCAAACAGUACACAUGACGGUACAAAAUAAAAUCUGGUUAUUCACUUCCA